CGCGAGCUCAUGUAAUAAGGCACCUCCUGCGCGAGAUCCAGCCCGACGUUACCUCUGCAGAGGAAAACGCAGCGGAGCUCCAAAAAUGGUUUAUCCCCGUCUCAUUUGAGCCCAUUACCACGUUUCGUACCAACAACGGCGUUUUUUUUUUUUUUUUGUAUCCGUAGUUUAUUGAAGGCCUGACAAGGGGCGCCUCGCGACGAUGUGGAUCCAGGUUCGCACGAUAGACGGGAAGGAGACGCGAACCGUUGAGGAUCUUUCCAGACUGACCAAAAUUGAGACUUUACGGUUGAAAAUCCAGGACAUUUUCAACGUGAGCCCCCAGCAGCAGCGCCUCUUCUACAGAGGGAAGCAGAUGGAAGAUGGUCUGACACUUUUUGACUACAACGUGGGUCUCAAUGACAUUGUCCAGCUGCUAAUCCGCUCUCAGACCGAUCCCCCGGAUGGCCCUACCACCAAGGACCCCUCAGGUGUUGCAAGCAGUUCAGCUCCUCUGCCUGACUUGAAGAAUGAAAAUUUUCAAGCUCCAAUCUCCCCCGCAGAUUUGGAAACCUCAUCUUGUAUGGACAAUAAGAAAGAAAGCAGCCACGCCACUGUAAAUGAAUCUAAGCCAGAAACUGUCGCUACUAGUACCAAAAAUGGGUUCAGGUCCUCCAGUCCAGCACAGGACACUCAGCCACCAACAUCCAGCAGGAGCACAUUAAUCAACCCAGGGAUUGGCCUGUAUAAGAUUAACGAGCUGGUAGACUGCAGGGACGUAAGCAUCGGAGCCUGGUUUGAGGCAUGCAUUGAAAAUGUGACAGUUUCUCCUAAAGGACAGAUAACGCCCACCAAGGGAAAGGUGGGUCGGCCUCCUAAAAGGACUAAUGGGAAGCUGGAGGCUGACCAGGCUCAGGCCCUUGGACAGGGUCAAAUCACGGACUGUAACAGGAAUAACCCUGUGUUAAACUCUGAAAGUAACGGAGCCUCCACCUCUAAGACUGACUCUACCACAGAAACCAAGGAGAAGGAAGAGGACAUAGCUUACCACAUUAAAUACGAAGAUUAUCCAGAGCAUGGUGUGGUGGAGAUACGAUCCGUGGAUGUAAGGCCCCGGGCCAGGACCCUGCUUAAGUGGGACCAGCUCCAAGUGGGGCUGAAGGUGAUGGUCAACUACAACAUGGAGACCCCAGAUGAGAGGGGCUUCUGGUACGAUGCAGAGAUAGUGACCAUAAAUCAAACCUCUCGUACCAAUAAGGAGCUCCGAGUUAAUAUUCUCCUGGGGGGUCCUGAAGAUGUAAUUGGAGAUUGUAAAGUUCAUUUUUUGGAUGAAAUCUACCAGGUGGAGAAACCUGGAGCUCGGCCCCUUUCGAGCGCAGAUGGGCAGUUUAAACGGAAGAGCGGACCAGAGUGCAAGCACUGCAAGGCUGACCCUGAAGCGGAGUGUCGGUUCUGCUCCUGCUGCGUGUGCGGCGGGAAGCAGGACGCACACAUGCAGCUGCUGUGUGAUGAGUGCAACAUGGCGUUCCACAUCUACUGUCUCAACCCACCUCUGGCCAACAUCCCAGAUGACGAGGACUGGUACUGUCCAACCUGUAAAAAUGACACCAGUGAAGUCGUCAAGGCUGGCGAGAAGCUUAAAGCCAGCAAGAAGAAAGCCAAAAUGCCUUCAGCUACCACUGAGAGUCAGAGAGACUGGGGAAAGGGUAUGGCCUGCGUGGGGCGCACUAAAGAAUGCACAAUUGUUCCGUCAAACCACUAUGGUCCUAUUCCUGGAAUUCCUGUGGGGACCACCUGGAAAUUCAGAGUGCAGGUGAGCGAGGCGGGCGUUCACAGGCCACACGUCGGCGGCAUCCAUGGGCGCAGCAACGACGGCUCCUAUUCACUGGUGUUAGCAGGGGGCUUUGAGGACGAAGUGGACCGGGGAGAUGAGUUUACCUAUACAGGCAGCGGGGGUCGCGACCUCUCAGGAAACAAAAGGAUUGGAGAGCACUGUUUUGACCAAACGCUGACUCACAUGAAUAGGGCUUUGGCUUUAAACUGUGAUGCCCCCUUGAAUGACAAAGAUGGAGCAGAGUCCAGAAACUGGCGGGCCGGAAAACCGGUGAGAGUGGUACGCAGUUCUAAAGGUAGACGCAUCAGCAAAUACGCUCCAGAGGAAGGAAACCGCUACGAUGGUAUUUAUAAGGUGGUAAAGUACUGGCCAGAGAUUGGGAAGUGUGGUUAUUUGGUGUGGAGGUACCUGCUGAGACGGGACGAUCUGGAACCAGCCCCGUGGACCCCUGAAGGACUGGAAAGGAUAAAGAAACUAGGGCUCGCAGUUCAGUACCCGCCAGGCUAUUUAGCAGCCAUGGCUAACAAAACAAAGAAGGAGGCCUGUGCUAGACCCGGUCGUGGCGGUCGGAGCAAACACUAUCCUGGGAGAGGGAGGCCGCGUAGGCCCAAGAUUAAAGCAAAAGAGGUGGAGGAGGAAGAGGGGGCGGCGGCAGCAGAGGACGAAGAGGAGGACGUAGAGGGGGGUGAGGCUCCAGAAGCCCAGAUGGAAGAGGAUGCACCACAAAGUAAUGGAGAGCCGAAGACAACCGGAGAAACUGCAGAGCCGUCACCAGAGACCGAGCCUCCGUCUAAACGCGUCAAGAUCGAAGAAACGUUCCAGCUGACCGAGCAGCAACAACAGCUGAUCCAAGAUGACACAGCCAACAAAAAACUGUGGAGCGAAGCCAUGGAGCACCUUAAAGAGGGACCGAAUUUCCUGCGGAAACUGGAGCAGAUCUUUAUGUGCGUCUGCUGCCAGGAGCUGGCCUUUCAGCCUAUCACCACCGUCUGCUCACACAAUGUCUGCAAGACUUGUCUGCAGCGGUCAUUUCGGGCAGCGGUGUACACCUGCCCCGCCUGCCGACACGACCUGGGCAAGGACUAUGUCAUGAACCAAAACAAGAAGCUUCAGAUUCUGCUUGACCAGUUCUUUCCCGGCUACAGCAAGGGCCGAUGAGGUCCAAUUUAGAUGUAUGGGUAGAACACGUGCACAUAAGCAUCCAUUCUGUGCACCCCUGUAUACAGUCAAGUACUUAGAGCUCCACUUUGAAAUGCAUUGCACUCACAUAAUGUACUUACCCACGGGCAAAUGUAUUUUGCAUUUCCAGCCAUUUAUGUAUACAAUCAUUUACACACAAACCACCUCAGUUAGAGACUGACCUCAUCUGCUGAACUUGGACCAUCUCCAUUUACAUCACCAGCCUGAAAAUUUGAACUAAGGACAUUUCUUCACUUCACUACUCCAGCCACCAGAAAGUGGGCACAAAAAACAAACGCACAAUCCCACCCACCAUCUCAAGGUUUUUUUUGUUUUUUUUUCCUCUGCGAUUUUUUGUUUUCCUUCCACUAUGAUGCCCGCUGGCUCUGAUAAUUGACGCACAGUACAUUGUUUGGGUGCAAAACUCCUGCUUGAAAGCGACACUUAAAUUCCUGCCAACCUGCUUGCAUUUUAUGUACCAUGCAGUUUUACACAAACUUGCAGAAAUCAGUUUUAAUAAUCCCUCAUUUGCAGUGUGGAGGUUUAUGGUGCUAAAAGGAGCAGGUUUUAAGAAAAGAUUCUCAAAGUAAGGAAUUUUACACUGUUUUAUAAAAGAAAAUGAAGCACUAUAUUAGUGACUCGUGCUGUACGCUUCUUUCUAGGCAUGUUUGAUGUAUUUUCCUGCAUCAAGUUUCCGUGCUUGUGUCACUGCAAGUCGUCUUAUUUCUUUCUAUUCUAACAGGAAGGUCGAAAAAGGAGAACAUGUCAAUCAAAAGCUGUUACUACAUUCUUUUUUAUUUCUUUUUUUUUUUUUGGUAACGUGUCUUUUUAGGUUUAUCUGAACUCCCACCUACAUUUAUACUAACCUCAAACCAGGGAAGGAUUUUUGUAAAGAUUUACUGCUAAAUUGAAUGAACCAGAUCUUAAUUUGACACCAGAAGAGUAUGAUUCUAAAUUGCAUUAUAGGCAUUAAGGUUUAUCAUUACUCACAAGAAAAAAAAAAAUUCAAAAAGGAAUAAAUUACAUUUACUACAGAAAAGCAACAAUUAUACCUUUUGCUAUGGUAAUAGUUUAUCAUUGUGAUUUAUAGCCUUAUAAUAAUCAUAAAUAAAGCAGACUGAAACAAACAUAAUAUUAGCUGGUUAAUUAGUCAGGGUGUCUGCACAGACAUGCUCUUUACAGCUCCCAAAUGCUAUUUUAAAAGAACAUCGGUUUAGUUAGAUUAGAUUAUAACACAUGAUUACCAUAUAAGAGGUAGCCUCCUUUCAGCCAGCUGGACUCCAGUGCACAGCAACACCCCAGGAAGGUUCUUUAUGCUGCUAUAGAAAUACUUGAUCAUCCCAACACAUUCUGAAAUGCUGCCAUAGAUAUCCAGCACUUUCCUAAACUUUUUUUUACCAGUUAUACCAGUAUAAACCUGCACAGCAGCAGUUUGAAAAAUAUGUUUUCAGCUAAGAUAGAACAGCAGAUGAAAGCAAUGCGAGAGUGGUAACCUGGCUGUUUCCAACCAAAGAGGGCAACAGGUGCUCCAGCAAAUUACAGAGUGAGAGAAAUUAAGUGUUCGUUAACCUUUUAAAUCAUGCUAAAUUGGUCAAGUA